GGUGCGGUGUCGUCGUUGUUAUAUGCUUAAAACAGACAACAAACAAAAUAGAUCGCACAAACGUAAACUUUAUUUAGUUUAUUGACAAACGUCGUUGAGCGCGAAACAAGCUAAACGGAAAACGAAAAAACAAACAAAAUUUAGCAACUGAAGCAACCAAGAAGGGUGCCUGCAGGUCGUUAAAACAAAAACAAAAAUCCAAAAAUGGCAAAGCGUGAUAGAAAUAAAAUCAAUUGCAUUCUGCUGACCCUUGUAGUACUAUUGCUGAGUCAUGACCUGAAUGUUGAAGCCAAACGUAUUUACAGUUCCAGUGGCAGUCGUCGUUCGUCGUCCUCCUCAUCGUCGAGUGUAAGGCGUACCAAUACCAAUAACAGAUCGAAUUCCUAUAGCGGAGGUGGCAGCACCUCCCACUCGAAUCCUUCUCUGUCUCACACGGGAUUGUCUUCCUUGAGCUAUGCUGGCUAUAAUCAACAGGCCAAUAAACGUCCCAGCAGCAGCAGUAAUACCCACAUUACCAAUAGUCAUGCCAGCAACACCCAUAGUUCACCGGCCCGGCCAACCACCUCACCCAUAGGUUGGAAUGUGCCACCCAAACCUCAAGGACCUCCGCCAGCAUAUUCGGCCACAAAUCCCGUGGGUGGGGCCAAGACCAAUAUGUAUGAAAAGUCACCAGCCUAUAAUCCCAGCUAUUCCGCACCACCCAGCUAUUCGGCGGCCACAAAUGCCAACAAUCGUCCAGCCAGUUCCACAAACUACAACAAUCGUCCGGUCAGUGCCACCAACUACAAUAGCCAACAAUCGAGCUAUAAUCGCAAUCGUUUCAAUUCCACCGGAGGAUUUGGCACUGGCGGUGGGGUCCACACACCCAUAACCGCAACCAAUGCCCACAGUGUACAGUCCAGUUAUCCCAAGCAACAAUCGGGAGCACCAACCUAUUAUCCAUCGGCCUCAUCGCUUCCUGCCGGAGCCACCUAUCAUCCGGCAGGUCAUUUGCCAGCUGGCGCUACCUAUCACCCGGCAGGACAAUUGCCGGCUGGAGCAACCUAUCACCCCUCGGGUCAAUUGCCAGCUGGAGCCACCUAUCAUGCUCCCGGUCAAAUACCGGCUGGUGCCACAUAUUAUCCUUCGGCCUCCUCUCUGCCUGCUGGUGCCACUUAUCACAGUCCCGGAGCCUUGCCGGCUGGGGCAACCUACCACAGUCCUGGUGCCUUGCCGGCGGGAGCAACUUAUUAUCCUUCACCUCCUGUUCAGGCUCCAAUGUACUAUCCCUCGGCCCAGGCGCUGCCAGCUGGUGCCACAUUCUUGCCGGCCGGUUCGGCCAUACCCGCAGGGGCCACCUUUAUUCAGCAGCCCCAGAAGUCCUCCUCUGGCCUAGGUUUUGGUAGCGGUUUACUGGCCGGUGGUUUGACUGGUGCCAUUUUGGGUCAUGCCCUUACCCCCACCCACACCAAGGUUAUUGAACAUGUUCCCAGCGGCGGUUAUGGAGGUGGUGGCGGCGGUGUUGCUGCUCCUGCUGCCCAAAAUGAUGACAAGAUUAUCAUCAUCAAUAAUGGUCCUCCGGGUUCGGUGACGACACAAGAUGUUGGUGGUGGCACCACUGUUAUUACAACCAAUGGAGGCCAGCCAGCUGCACCCGCUCCAGCACCCACCUAUAAUAGUCAAGCUGGUGCAAAUUUGGCUCCCAUGAAUCCCACAUAUCCUGAUCCACCUGCCGGCGCACCUGGUCCCAUACCCACCCAGGCCACAAAUCCAGUACCAGACCAAAGCAAUCCAGGUGGUGGUGUUGCAGCUGCUGCAGUCCCCGCCCUUGCAGCUGGUGCUGCAACAGCGGCCGUUGCUGGAGCAGCCAUGGCAGGUGGUGCAGAUUCAAGUGCAGCUCCCGCAGUCCCUGCAGCUGCCCCAGCAGCUGUACCAGCCGAACCUGCUGCCGCUCCUGCUGCCGGUGGCAUUAUUUGCGUUCCUGUCAAAGUACCGGAACCUGAUCCCAAUGACAGCACCAAGACCAUUGAAGUAGAAAAAAUUGCCUGCUAUAAUGCCCCUGCUCCCGAACCAGCACCAGCAGCUGCUGCGGCAGCGGCUCCUGCUGCCACCGGCUCCACAGAAACCACUCCCAUCUCAACAACAUCGGCCCCAUUGGCAGCAGCCAGCUCAACUGAGUUACACGCAACAGAGGCCACAAUUCAACCCACAGCCCAAGGUGUGGCAUUAGCUCCCCUGCAGACAACACCCUUCACCAUACCCGAGGGCUCCGUACCAUUGGCUCCCUUCAGCCCCGGUGCAAAUCCCGAUCUACUCAAGUUACCAGGAUAUUUCUAGAAAAGCAGUGAAAAACAGAGAAACAGAAUGAGCGCUUUUGUGUCCAGCUUUUGCUAUAUUUGCUAAUGUAAAUGUCGAAGCUUUGCGAAAUAUUUUUAUAGGAGAAAAUAUAUAUACACAUUUUAUACUCUCUGAGAUUCCUUUUUUUUGUGUUGUUGUAGUUGAAAAAGAAAAAAACAUAAUUCUCGAAUAAAUUUGUUUUUUAUUUAGUAAUGACAAUA